AUGGAUCCAUCGACUAGUGUGCAUGGAGAUGUGAACAUAUCAACGAAACUCGUCAUUAGUUUUGGAAGUCUAGGAGUAAUUCUAUUAGGAUUUGCCAUCUUUUAUUGCUAUAAAACAAAACGCAGAGACGAGAAUAAUGAUCGCCGAUCAAGUUCAAGCUCAAUGGAGUCUUAUCAACAGUUAUACUUUUCAAAAGUGCCAUUUGAUCAACUCGAAAAUAUCGACCACCGUAUUAUUGAGCGUUGGUCAUCGGUAGCUGAUCCUUCAUUGACAUUUUAUCGUGUUCAUAUACAAGAUUAUCUGGACAGUGUCUACCAACCUGUCAAUGAAGAACGCUUGCGUUCAUCGAUUGAGCAAUCGAAAGCAAUGGAAUACGCAGGAGUUGAAGUAAAUUUUUUCUAA